AUGAAGUCCUUCGUCGCCCUAGUGCUUCUUCUGGGCAUAGUUAGCUCCGCUUCCAUCGCUACUGAGCCGUCCGAACAGCCGGAAAAGGCGAACGUUACUUUUUCCCAUGAUUUUGCCUUCCUACACGCCGCUGAAAUCUGCAACUGGUCGGUUGUCCCGCUCGAAGUUGUGCUCGCUCUGCAAAGGAAUUUCUGCAAUAGUCAGGAAGCAAAGCCCGAGUAUGCCAAUAUUACCAAAUGCUUCAUAGCUGGUGGAGCCCCUCUCAACGCCCUUUUCGAACAGGAUGCCCAGAACUUCCGCUGCAGAGAUCGAGAUAUUCUGUACCGGAACUACAUCAAAAUCGCCUCUCGCAGCUGCCCCAAUCCAGCUCAAACUAUCAGAAUCGCUGCCCAGGGAGUUAUCAUUGAACUUUCACUCCGCUCGAGAUUCUCCCCUAGCGAGGAGGAGGCUGCAUGUUACCAGGAGCUAGCCAAACGCCUCUACCGUUCAUUCCACGCGCCGGACCAGCCCCCGGCCCAGAGCUCGACUCCUAGCUUCCCUGAACCCGUUCCUACCGCCGAACCCUACCCAGUGCCGAUACCCUAUGGUUCUGGACAU